AUGAAGAACAAUGGAAAAGAAGACAAGGAAGAAGAGCAGGACUCAAAGCAGGAUGCCAAGGACUCAAAGCAGGACGCCAAGGAGAAGUCACCAAAUCCACAAAAUGCUCCCACAGCAGAGCCCAGCAGCCUGGUGGAGGAAGAGUCAAAGGAUGACAUGAAACCCCAAGUGGAUAAUAUCCGAAAAGACCCCAAAGAAUUACAUCUCAGAGCAGAAGGGAAACUUCAGACUCCCAUUAAUUCAUCCACUCCAGUCAGCUCGGCACUCACGGAACAGAAGCCAGUGUCUGGUAGUUUACUGCAGACUUUCAAGAAUAUGGCGUUUACAAAACCUGCAAAGGUGAUUUUUACUAUAGAUGAAAAUGAACAGACCUCAAAAACACCGCCCCCAUGGAAGAAAAAUCUUACUGAGAGAUUACAGGCAAGAUCCCACGUCAUGGAGCAGAGAAUGCUGGAGUUGGAAAGUCUGAGGCAGGAGCAAGAGAGGAAGUCUGUGAAGAGGCUCCCCGACGAUGACUUGGGGAGAGAGUGGCUUAACACUGACUGCCUGACCCUAGCCACCCGGGCCUACCUGCUGGACAAGCUGCUGCCCACCUUGGUCCCUGGAGUAGAACAAAUGUUAAUGCAGAUAGAAAAGAGGAAGAUUUUGAGCCAAGCUGAUAUCCCAACCAAGUUUGACCCAAUCAAUUAUUUGGGAGAAUAUCUAAUGAGAAACAAUACUAAUUAUGUCAAAGACCAAGAUAUGUCUGGCUACCAGAGGGUGAUGAAAGAUGUCACCGAAGAACUGAAGGUUCACGUUCCUGACACAAUCGGCAACAGAGUAUCCAAGAUGAAGGAGAAAGUUAAAGAAAAGAGAGAACAAAGAGAAUACAUCAGCACUGUCAAGGUCCAGGUAGCCUCCGUCAGAAAACAGGCCCUGGAGGAGCAGUUCAGUGAAUGGGUUCUCAACACCAAAGGAAUGAUUCCUAUAGCUGUGAUUCAGAAUGUCCUUAAUGAUUUUUUUCAGAAGCCAGAUUUGCAUCUUGAAUCACAUUCCGAAGAUCUGAUUAUAAUGAACACAAUGGAACCAGGAUUUACCCAAGAGCAAUUUGUACAAUACAUUUCUUCACACAUUGCAGACUUGAAAAGCGAUGUUUUUGAGGAACUCCUCAAACACCUUUGCCACAGCGCGGAAGAGUUCCGGGAGAUCGUAAGAGGUGUUAUGCGGCGACAGAUGUUUGCUGAUCUCUUCCUACAGUGUGACACGGGGAAGGUGAGGGUUCUGCAUCGGCAGAGGACACUGGCCUUGCUGGAAGCAUUCUAUGAUCAAAGUUCACAAACCACUAGGAGCUUACUACGAAACCCGAGACAGUGGCCAUUUGUCGAAUUUGAAGAGAUAGAGUUGACUGAGUUCUGGGGAGACACGGAUAUUAAGAAGCACAUUUAUGAAGACUUUGAUGAACUGCUCUUACAGAUGAAAACGUUAGCUACUAGAAAACUUGUUGGCCAAGGCCAUGAAAAAGAACAACAGCGGAGAGAGAUAAGUGCAGGCCAAGAGCCACCACCGGACACGGCAGGCAGAGAACAGAGACCCCACAGAGGGCCAAGUGCAGGACAAGGACAGAGCAAAGGGACCCGCAAACUAUCUGCUUCAGGACAAGGAUCUCACAAAGGGUCAUUGGCAGAGCCAAGAUCACUCAGAGGCUCGGCUGUGGAGCAAGGGUCUAGCACAAGCUCACCGGCAGAACAAGCCCAGCAGAGAGGCUCGGCCGCAGAGCAAGGGUCUAGCACAAGCUCACCGGCAGAACAAGCCCAGCAGAGAGGCUCGGCCGCAGAGCAAGGGUCUAGCACAAGCUCACCGGCAGAACAAGCCCAGCAGAGAGGCUCGGCCUCAGAGCAAGGGUCUAAGAGAGGCUCGGCCGCAGAGCAAGAGCCACUGACCGGGCAAGACCCAAACAGAGACUAUGAAGCCGAAUCGUUGAGGGGGUCAGUCGCAGAGGACGACUCGCGGAGAGGGUCAGUGGCAGAAUCUGAGCAACGCAGAAUGUCAGCUGCAAGACAACGCAAAAGGUCCUCUAUGGAUAGCGGGUCUUUCAAGGGUUCGGAGACAGGAGGGCGCAGAGGAUCGGUAGAUCAAGGACAUCGCAAAGGAUCCACGGGUCAUCGCAAAGGAUCAGCACGCAAAUGGUCAGCGUCGGACUACAGACCACGUAGGGAGUCGGUCACAGAAGACUCCCACCGGGCGCCGCCGCCGCCGCCGCCCACAGGCACCGCCCCGGAAGAGCGGGACGCCCGCUCCGCCUCGCAGUCCCAGGAGGGCGGUGCCACCAAAGACAAGCAGGAGGAGGCCCCCACCGCCAGCAAAUCGGAUCGUCCCUUAGGCAGCAAAAAGGAGCGCCCUGCAGAACAUUCAGAAAAGGAACCUCAGAAAGACAAAGCCUGUGAACCAAAGACCCAACAUAUAGAAGGAAAAUUCUGGUCAGGUGAAUUUUUUAUUUCUGACUGGAAGACGAAGCAUAGCAGAUCUGAAGAUGAGGAACAAGCCAAAAUCAUCUGUGGGGACCCCAGAUUCUCAGACCUGCAUGGGAUUAUUAGGAAUAUUCAGACCUACAAAGAAAUAAAAGGGAGGAGUGCUUUCAGUCUAACCUCUCUCAACAUGCUGCAGUUUGUGCAACUCCUAGAGACAUUUGUUGGUGAAGAUACCCCCUUGAAGGUCAGCCAGAACCUCAUCUCCUUUUUUCAGAAGAACUAUUCUGAAACAAAACAGGAGAAAAUGAGAGCCUUAGAGCAGGCCAGACAAAACGCUUUCCGAGCCCGGAGGGAGCUUCUUCUGGAAGCCCUCUUUCAAAAGUGGGACAACGAUGGCUCAGGCUUUCUGGAUCUGAACGAAGUUGACGAGCUCUUGUACACGUAUAAGGAAGGCAUGGAAAAGGAAUCCAUGAAGAAAGCUAAGUUGCACAUCCAGUUUCCAAAGCAACAAUCUGACCAUGAAGUAAAAUUGUCUUCAAAGCAGUUUCAGAAUUACAUAGAAUUGGUUGUAUCUGAACUCAGGGGCAAUGAAGACCAAGUUCUGGAAAAUGUUGUGGAAUUCCUGAUGUGUUCUUUAAACAGGACCCACACUGAGGGUCUAAGGAAUUGUGCAAGACGGAAAUGGCUACAUCAUAUCCAGCGUGCUGCCCAGACAAGUGGAGUGUCCCUGGAGCCCGUGUAUUUUGAGACCUUUAGGGCCCUCACCCAGGAUGCCGAGGCCCACGGAAAUAAGAAGAUCAGUGCCCACAUUUCCCUCUUAGAGGAAAACCAGCUCCUGCCUGCCAGAGGGGGUGUCCUUCUGAGGAACGUAGCUUGCACCCUCGAUGAUGCUCCGUACGUUCUGAACAAAGCACUCUACAGGGACAUGCAAGGAAUCAGCUUUACAGUAGUGGACGAAGGCAAGCCAAUCCAUGUCCCCCAAGUUCAACACCACGGGAACAUCUUCUUCUGGAACCAGUCCCGAAGUAAGAGCGAGCAAAACGGGUCGUUCCUGGCUCUGCCGCUUCAGGACGCCUACAUGAGGAUCUUUGGGGUCCUGGCAGUUGACACUCUUCGAGAUCCACAGGAAGUAAACAUCUUCCUGCCUCAUGAGAUCAGUUUCUAUCAGGGUGUGGCCAACGCCUUCAGCAUGGCCUAUCAUUACGUGCACAGCAGGGAACACAUCCUGCACACCGUGCUCACGGGCAUCAGGUGGCUCUUCGGCAUCACGUCCGGCAUCUCCUCCGUCACCACCUGCUUCAUUGAACCUAGCUCAGAGCAGGAAGACUACGCUUUGCGCAAUACAAUGGUUACAGAUUCUCUCGGCCUCGCGGAAAUUCUUACUCGUUCCCCCGUCAUCUCGAGGAAGACGUGUGUCUUCAGGGACUUCCUCUUUAAAUGCACAGACACCUCAGAUGUGGUUUUGGCUUCUGCUGGGGGAGAGACCCACAUUGUAAUUCCAAUUCGCCAGAGAACGAGAGAGGCUAUGGGAGUCCUUGACAUUAACAUCGGCCGGAGCAGGAUGUUGGUGUUUCAAGAAUACAAAGAUCUACAGAAAAUGGUGAAGAUGAUCCAAAACGUCGCCGAUGAACUACUGGGCGAACUGUCUGGAGAAAUCAAGAAAAAUGAGGUCAUAGAGAUGGAAAGGUCAGGAGAGGUCAGGCGGGCUGGAAUCCUCUUCUUCCGCGCCAUGCUGCAGGAGCUCCGAGAAUGCCUGGACACCCUCACGCCCAUGGACUUCGUGUCGCUGCUGAUCUACGAGCACAAGCCUCCCCUGGACUCACAAGGCAUGGAUCCUCAGGAGCUGGAAGCCAACGUGGCCCUCGUGCACGACUUCCUGAAAGGGGUCAUCUUGUUCUCCCAGCAGGACAUAGGCCCUCUCAGCGACUUGGAGUGGCAAAAGUGGAAGUUUUACAUUAACAAGAACUUAGUUAAGAAUCUUUGCGUGUUUGAUCCGACUGCUAGCAAUGUAAGGGUUAAUGUGCAGCUUGUUAUGAGAUAUAUCCAAGAUCAUUCUCGAACCGAAGUAUGGAAAUUUGGCAAUCUUGUCAUCGAGCUCUUGUACCACUGGAUAAACAUUUGUUUAACUCUCAUAGAGAUAAAAAAUAAAAAAGAUGGUUCUAUUAUACCCCCACUGCCCAGGAAAAGUGAGACCUCUAUUUCUCAAAAAAUCUCAAAGAAGUCCUUGUCCACCGAAAGCUAAGGACUGGUGUUGUGUUUAGGACUUGUUGCUUAUGUCCAGUGCUGUUGAAUGUGAAACCUUUUCUGGAAAGGAAGGUCCCACAGACACACUCUGC